AUGGGUGGUGAGGGAGUGAGAGCAAUUUGCCGCAAGGAAGAUCUGGCGGAGAAAUCAGUGUUUAGAGCCGAAAUCUUGAUGAUAGGCUCUGAAAAUAACACAUUAAGCUGUAAAAGUAGUGCAGUACCUGAAGAUACAAAUGAAGAGAAAAACAGUAAUGGUUCUGACCCAUCCAGCCUCCUGCAUGAAUUCUUCAGUCCCAUGGAAAUCCUGUGCUUGGAAGGGAGUAGUUCUGCGGGCUUAGAGAUUGAUUUUCUUCCCUUUAACCUAGAAAAACGUUACUGCACUGUCUUUCUUGUUAAUGAACAGAUUGGAGAAUUUGUAUACCUGGUAGAGGGACAGGGGGAUUUCCCUUUGCCUUCACCACUUCUGCCCAUGGAUAGUCCAAAUGUCCUGAAUGUGAGCAGUGCAUUAGAAGGUCCGAGUAGGGUAGAUCCUAUUUUGCAUUUGAAAUGUGGUCUUGCUCAGACUCUUGAAGAAAAUCUGAGGAUCCCAUUGGUCAACGAAGCAAGAGAGAUGGCUCUGGCCAUGGCUGCACAACAACAGAUGUCAGCUCUUGAGUACGAGAGAAGAAGGAUCACAGGCACUCUGGAGAGCAGUAGUGUCCGAGUUGCCGUUGCAUUAUUAGGGCUGUCCAAAGUAGAGAGAGAUGCGCUCUUACAACCCUGUAAAUUUCCCCCAGAGUUAAAGUCUGUGGACUACAGCGUCGAAGUGAACAUGCAGGAGUUCUUUGAGCUUCCUGAAAAGGUCUCUAUUCCAGUGCUAGCAUCAAGCAGAGUUCAUUUCAACGAUCCUUCAGAAAAAGAGCUUUCACCUCAGAAAACAGAAAAAAGUCCUGCAGUUGAACUUCCUAUAAAAUUUAUUCCUAAAUGUGCUGGUCGCUACUGCUGUCAGAUUCUUCUGAAGUCCUCCUGUGAUGUUCGUGUCUAUAUGGUUGAAUGUAUAGUGAAUACAGACCGUGCCGAAGCUGAGCUUGAAUUUCUAUCUCCAGCUUACCAGGCAGUGAUUCAGGACAUUCCAAUAAGUAAUACGUCCCAUCAGGACUGGAAAGUUGAAGCUGUUCUGGAAGGACAAAGUUUUUACGGCCCUCCUGUGUUAUUCGUGGGUCCAGGUGAAACAGUCCAGUAUCCUCUCAUGUUCAAGCCUGUUGCGGAGUGCAUAACAAUGGGAAGGCUUAUUCUACGAAAUUUUACAGAUGGCACUGAAAAUAUUUUUAGCCUUAAGGGAAUAGGGAAGAAUCCUCUGGCACUGGAUCAUAUUGUGAUAGAUUGCCAAGUGAGACAGGUCGCUCAGAAAGAAUUAAAGGUGCCUAAUUAUACCAAGAACAAGUUGACAUACAAGGUAUCUUCAGAUCUUCCAAUAGUGGGUGGUCCACCAUUUCUUAUUGUAGAACCAGAUGCUGCAGUUGAUUACCCUUUGACUGUUUCUCCAUGGAAACGAGGAAUUUUUGAAGGCAUAAUUUCAUUUGUUGCUGAAGAUGAAGACCAACAGAAGUCUCAACAUAACAGCUCACUGGAGAAGACAGAUGGCGAACAGGCCCUUCAGAAAUUGGCACCAGAGACACCACUUGCUGUUGAUGCAGCACGUAUAGGCCUUUGGUUCAGUUUGGUUUCCGUUAAACCAUGUGAGAUUGUCCGAUCAACUUAUGAAGGUAUUUCUUAA